AUGUCUCAGCUCGCCACCCAGCAGACUCCCAGCCCUCCUAUGGAAGACAUGAGGUCGACCACCACCUCUGUCCUGGUCCUUUCGUGUGGCUUCUGCAGGCUUGGUCUCCGGGAUGGGACGGGGAACCUGCUAGAACUUACUAAGCCAGGUGGAAUAAGUGGAAAUAAACUCAAGCUGAUGCUUCAAAAACGAGAAGCACCUGCUCCCACCGAGGCCAAAGUGGCUGUGGAUGAGAACAAAGCCAAGGAGUUCCUUGGCAGCCUGCGUCGCCAGAAGCGUCAGCUGUGGGACCGGACCCGCCCGGAGGUACAGCAGUGGUACCAGCAGUUCCUCUACAUGGGCUUCGACGAGGCGAAAUUUGAAGACGAUGUUGCCUAUUGGCUGAACAGAGACCGAAAUGGACACGAGUACUACGGCGACUACUAUCAGCGUCACUAUGAUGAAGACGCUGCCAUCGGUCCCCGGAGCCCCCACAGCUUUCGGCAUGGCGCCAGUGUCAACUACGACGAUUACUAACGGUGACUUGCCACCCGCAUCCACGAAGCCCACAGGGGUUCUCGCCAUGUGUCUCCUGAUACCUUACACAACCCGAGUUCUGCCUUGCUUAGUUCAGCGGAUCUUUUCUACCUACUUUUUGCGACCAGAAAGGAAGAGUUGAAACAAGUUAUAUAAACGCCUUUCGAUAUUGCAUGCAAGUACCUGAUGAUGCGUCUCAUUUAAAAAAUAGAAAUAAAGCAUUUUGUUAAAAAUGAA